CCUUAUUAAUGGUGAUUCAUUUAUGUCCUGUACACAUGUCCUCCUCUGAGCUCUGAGGUAAGUUUCUCAAAGGUCUCCAAGGAAAGGCAAGGCAUAUCCUGGCCUAUCAGUGCCACUGAGUUUGGCUGAGGUGAAGUUGGUGCAAGUUGAGUCAUCAGGGUGCACGAAGGGUGGACGGAAGCUGAACUCUGAGAAGACAGGUGAGGGUGGAAGAGGGGCUCAUGCCCCAUGACUCCCUCGUUCCCCAGGAUCACCGUUGUUGACGUCCUUCUAUUUUUGCAAUUGUAGACCCCAUUCUGCCUGCUCUUCGAAAUGUCGAUUGUUCAGAUUUUGCGUGAGUUUGUAGACUCCAGAGCGGAGACUCCAAAGUUUCCUGAGAGCAGGAACGGUCUCACCACUGCCUCAGCUCUCAGCAGGGCCUUGGUCCCUGCAGGACGGCAGGCUGAGGGAAUGUGUGUGAGUGAACGAGCUCAGGACCAGCAGGUCUGGGGCCUUGGUCCCUGCAGGACGGCAGGCUGUGGGAAUGUGUGUGAGUGAACGAGCUCAGGACCAGCAGGUCUGGGGCCUAGGUGCUAGAUCCUCCCCAGGUCUCCGAGCAGGCCCUUUGGGAGUAAGAGCCUUUACAAAAGAGUAGAAAGGUGUCCUGUUCUGGGUGAGUAACGUCUUGUGUAUGUAGAAAGCGCCUACCUCCUACCCCCUGCUGAAGAGUCGUUCAUAUUUCCCACUUGAUCUUUACACAAAGGGCCACGUAGGGAGCCCUCUCUCCAUCGCUGUAGUAGAGGCAAGGAGGCUGAGCAUAGGGAAGCGACUUGACCCCAUCUUUUUACACUCCGAAAACUCAUUGUACUCUAGGCAGUGCUUCCUGACAGUGUGGCCUGACCUGACUGGGCAGCUGUGGCUUUGGAAGCACACAGCUUUGGUGCCACCUGACCAACAGCAGGCCCUGCUCUGUCAGGCUGGUUGCAGUACAUGGAAGUACCUUGCUCCUCGUCUCUGGACAGUGAGGAGAAUGGAGAGGAGGGCCGUCAGGGGACCACUGCACAAGCAUUUCGAUCUGGAGAGGAAGAUGGCCAAGCAGGCUGAAGCCAGACUCCGCCAACGACUGCAGAGUCUAGAGGCCAUCUGCCUCUACCAGGUGAAGCUGCUGACCAGGGAGCAGAAGCAGCUCCAGAGAGAGCAGCAGAGGCUGCAGCAAGAUAUUGUCAAGGCGAGAUUGUCCUCUUCUCUUGGGAAUGGAACUCAGAAGAGGCCAGAAGGUGUCCCCAGGUUCCCACCACAGGGAGGACAGAAGCACAGACUUCCAAAAAUCGAAAUCAGAGCACUGGCAACCAACAUGACCCAGGAAAUGUACAAAAUCAACUCCCACAUGCCUCCUUUAUGUCACACUGGCCUCAAAAACCCCACCGGGAGAAAAGAGCACUGGCCAUCUCAGACUCACAGGACCGCCAGCUUUGUGGCAGAGAAGCCGCAAGCCCAGGAGAAAGAGUCUGCAAGCCCACCUCAGCACACAGACCCCGCAGAGGGCAUCUCUGUCACACACCAAGACCGAGCAGUUUCCAGCAGCACUGCAGAGCGCAGCCUGCACUUCCACACCCCUGGUGCUAGUGGAAUGGUCCACCUUGGUGAGACCAGAUCCAAAGAUGCCAAUCUAAAGCCUGGCGGGAGUGCUGCGGAACAAAUUCCCCCAAGUUCCAUGGAAUGUGCAGGAGGCUGCAAAGGUGAGACCACAAAGCCAAGCUUCUCAGAGUUGUUUGCAAAGGCCAAAAAUGCACACUAUCUCCGGCACAGGGUCCCCCUGGAGUCUGAGAGGUUGCUUAGCAUCAGGGAGAUAUUCGGGUGUGGAGACUCUUCACCGGCAGGCCAGGAAAGGGUCGUGGAAGUGGUACCAUCUAAGUUCCCUCCCCUCUAGCUGAUUUGUGCAACCUGCUCGCGGCAUGUAUCAGAACCACUGGGGAGUGUGCUCCUCAAGCGAAGCAGUGCACGACUCUUGUACUUCUGCUCUGCACUUGCAGUCUAAUCCGUCGAUUCCACUUAGAGCAUUGUGAUCUUUCAGUGAACCACACUGUGCAUGGAAAACACUUAGAGGAACGAAUCUUCUGAAAGUACUUAAGUGAUUGGCAGGUACUUCUAAUGUCAGCCAGAAUGUGAAUGUAUAUUGAUGGGGCAGGAGAAAGAGUGAGUCCUGCUUUCAUUGCCUUUCAUUCCUAGGGAGGCUCCCGGGGCAGCACCUGCUGGAAAAGGCAGCGUCCUCCCUGUUUUGUGGUCAAUGGGGGCAGGAUAGGGGCUCACUGAGCGUGUGUGCCGUCAGAGGUCUGUAAAUAAAACUUACUUUUGGCCUCAGUUUUGUGCUCAUUUUUUGAAGUACUGUCCUUCCUCUCUUCCCUUCUUCCUUCCUUUUCUGGUAGCUCCAUUUCAGUUUUCUUUUUUCCUCUUUCAAAGAUGUUACAUAAUCUGUUCCUUUCCUGUCCUCUAGAAUCAAAAGAUUUCAAAAUUUUUAUUCAUCUCUCAGCACAAUAUCAAAUUCAUAACAGAAUCUAUCAAGAACCAUCUCACUGUAAAAUAAAAAUUACCAACAACCAAAAGAGUUUUGUUUCUGGAUGGAACUGGAGACUAUCAUUCUAAGUGAAAUAAGCCAAUCCCCCCCAAAACCAAAGGCCAAAUGUUCUCUCUGAUAAACGGAUGCUAACACACAAUAAAUGUGUGUGUGUGUGUAGUAAUAGAAAGUCACUGGAUAAGACAAAGGGAAACGAAAGGAAGGGAGAGGGGAAUAGGAAAGACAGUAGAAUGAGUCAGACAUCGAUUUCCGAUGUUCAUGUAUGAAUUCAUGACAAAUGUAACUCCAUGUACAACCUCAAGAAUGAGAUCGUAAUUAGAAUAAGUUAUACUCCAUGUAUGUAUAACAUGUUAAAAUAUACUCUACUGUCAUAUUUAUCUAAAAAGAACAAAUAAAAAAUUGCAUGAAAGAGAAAUACAAGAGCAUCAAUUUGCAAACUAUUCCACACUGUGGCACAUACAACAAGUAAAAAAUAUUCUUGUGGCACAAAGAAAGUUAUUGUUUCAUGAAGGUUCUUUGACUUGGGCUCUUUUAUCAGUGAAUCUAGUGGACAUUGCUGAAAGUAGUCAGCUUUUCAUUGCUGUGACCUAAGUAUCUGACAAGAACAGGAGGAGGAAAAUUUUAGUUUUGGAUCAUGGUUUCAGAGUUUCAGUCCAUGGUCAGCCAACUCCAUCACUCUGGACCUGAGGCGAGGCAGAAUAUCUUGAUGGAAGGAUGUGGUGGAGGAGAGCUUUCCAGCUCAUGGUGGUCAGGAAAAAGAGGAGGGGCCAGGGACAAAACAUAAUCCCCAAGAGCAUGCCUACCAUUACCCGCUUUUUCUAGCCAUGCCCCACCUGCCUACAGCUACCACCCAGUAUUCUUUCAAACUAUUAAUCCAUUAACCCACAAAUGGAUUAAUCCAUGAUGAGACUACUCUCAUAAUCUAAUCAUGUUACCUCUGAGCAUUCCUGCAUUGUCUGUAAUGUUUCUGAUGCAUGAACUGUUGGGGGACACUUUAUACCCAAACCAUGACACUGUCCUCACUGUUCAAAUUUCACACUAUGAGUGGCCUCAAAAAUCAUCAGAAAAUGACAACUCAUCAGUAAUGCAUUCAAACCUACUGUCUACCUAAUUAGGUGUAGACUGAAAUCAUCGUCACUCUUUAUAAUUUAGUUACUUACCUGAUUCCAUUAGGAAAUCAGAUUAUACCAGUUAAGGCCAAGGUCUGUGUUCUCUGUCCUUGGCAAGCUUUCUUAUCCUCAGGACCCAACCGGGAAUGCCACAGCUUGGGAUGUCUUGGGCUCUAUCAAAGUGAGGAGCAGAGGUUCUUUAUCCUGGAGACCCAUCUGGGAAGGUACUGAAAAGACCCCUGCCCCACCAGCUCAGGCCUAUUUUAAGAGAAAAAGAAAAAUCAUUAACGGGGCAUGUUAAAGGAAUUUAUCUGAAGAUUUAGUUAAGAAAGGGGCAGGAUA